AUGACACCCUGGCAUAUUCUUUCCCCUGUCCUGCUCUCGCUUGUGUUUCGUCUGCAGCUGGAGAGGAGAGUCGCGUUGGCUCUGGGUGAAAACUUGUUGCUGAUUGUUUCUACGCAGUAUGCAGAGCGCUCUUGGAUAACAGUCCUCAUUGUUACCGCAAUCUUUGUCACAUCCGCUUUCUUGAAAACUCAAUUAGAGUAUCGUGACUCGGUGCAAGACACACAUUCGAACGCAGCCCCACGUGGCUGUCCAGUCAAGAUUUGGGAUAGCGGAUGCCCUGUGCAAAUAUUUCGUCACCAAAUCGAAGACUCCUCGAACUGCAUACCCCAAGAAGCUCGGGUUCCGAAGAAUAAUGGCGAUUCUCAGAUCAAGAAGUCUUUUCUGUUUCCGUGCGAUCUUCGUCACCUGCGCCGGUCUGGCUUCAAAGACGACUAUCACCAUUCAUACCUUUACGUUGGGUAUCCAGUCGGCCUACGUGCCAGCUAUAGCCCCUUGGUUACAGUGGAGCCACCUUUUCGGCCUCGUUCCUUGCUGCCCGUCAAAACAGCUUGGUUCGGUAUCAGACCCGAGGAUCACGCCUUCAACGGCGACGUAAACCUGUCGAUGACUCAAAAGUUGGAAGAGUUUCUCCUAUCCGAGGGAGAGGAUCCUACGGAGUGGCCGUAUGCAUACAUUUUAGCACCCCGAAGUGUCACAUGGCAAUUGAAUAAUCCGCUUUCGUUCUGGUACCUGUACAACAACAGAAAGGAGCUCACGGCAAUGAUUGUUCAGCUUCAGACGUCAUAUGGCGAGCGCAGGCUGUGGCUCACGCGAAAUUGCCGUGCGGGCGUGCCCGGGAAUGGCCCCUACUUCUUUCAAGGAAAAUUCGACAAGGAUCUACAAGUCUCGCCUUUCACGCCGAUCACAGCGAGCUAUAUCAUUGAUUCGUCUGAUCCGUGCGCAGCUCUGUUGGAGAAGUUCAAGCUUAUGGUCACAUUGAAACGAGGGAGAGAAACAGUGAUCAAUGCCGUAGUCAACUCGACCGGGCCGCCUCUUGACGCUGCCACUGCGAGUCUAGGCUCUUCUCUGCUCUUCCUCGCGAAGUGGUGGUGGGUUCCCAUGUGCAGCGUGGUGGUCUUCCGGAUUCUCUUUAAAGCUGCGAAGAUCUACCUGACCCACAACGAGAGGGAACCUAACAUUCAGACAAGAGCAGAGCCUAUCACAACGGCUAUCGCGAAGUCUGCACGACUGUCUGAGAGGACAGAGUAA